AUGGCCUCGGCUCCAUGGAUGCUCGACUCGCAGUUCAACCCUCGGCAGGGAGCCAGGAAGGAUGGAGCGCCCGCGUCUGCGCAGCUGCUGGAGCAGUCGCACAGAUUGAGUCAGCAAAUGGUUUCCCUGGAAGCCGAGAACGUCGAACUGCAGGACUUGAACAGGUCGCUGGACAAGGCCAACAAGGACAAGCAAGAGAGAAUUCAACAACUGGAACUGGAAUGCCACAAACUUCGUGACUCUGCAAUCUUCGUACAGCAGGAAAAAGAGACUGCCAUUCUUCAAGCGCGUGAGGCUCUGCAGGCCAAGCAAGGUGAGCUGAUGCUGGCACGAAAGGCUGCAGAGGACGCGGAGCGCCAGAUUGAGACCUUUGCCUCCGACAACAGACGCCUGAAUGGCAUCGCGGAGAAGCUUCAGUCUGAACGAUCCCAGCUGCAGCGGCAAAUCCUCGGUCACGAGGCCUCAAUGAAGGCGUUCCACGCCGAGCUGCAGCAGCGCGCCGCAGCGGAGGGGAAGUCGCUGAACACGUGCAAGGACCUGGAGCAGCGCUUGCAGGGCCUUCGCGUGCAAAACACCCGGCUGGCAGACCUGGCAGGCUUGCACCAUCUGGAGAUGGCGCAGCUGACUCAGACCCGCGAAGAGCUGCGGACAUGGCGCCAGCGCUGUGAAGAGCUGGCGGUGGAGCUCGAGAAGUCGCGUCAGAAUGGCGCCUGGCUGCGAGACCGCUUGGCCACCUCGGAUGCAGCCUGCGGCCAGCUGCGGGUCGAGGCCGAGCACUGGCGCCACGCGGAGAAAGCCGCAGCGGCCAAGGGCCCCAGGUUGGAAGAGGCCGUGCAGCGUGAGAGCGCUGUGGCCCAGAGCCUGCGCGAGCGGGUUGCGGACUUGGAGGAGGAGGUCGUCAAGUCUCAGAGGGCCCAGAUGGCUUUGGAGGCCGAGCGUGAGAACAUGCGCUCGCAGCUUGCAGCCACACAGUCAGAGGCCAAAGUACAUGCCGAAGCAGCUUCGCGGCUAGCAGGGGAGAAGUCGCAGGCUGAGCAGCUUGCGAAGCUGCAUUUCGCUCAUCAGCAGGAGGCCGAGCGAAGGCGUGCGAUCCUGGAGAACGACCACCUUCCGAAGUUGAUCGCUCGACAGCAGGCUGCAACCUCCGACGUUGGGGAACUUCGAGCCCGCAUCUCCCAGCUGGAAGCCGAGAACUCACUGCUCGCCAGCCAGCUUUCCGGAUCAGAGGUGGUCUUGGCAGGCCUUCGCUCUGAGUGUGCCAAUGCAAAUGCACGGCUGAUGCGACAGCACCACGAGGAUGGGUCACGAGCCCUUUCGAGGGGUGCCAUCGCACCUGCGACCGGGGCAAACUUGGCAUCGCCUGCGCACGCAGCGCCCAAAAUGGAGACUGUGCCCAGCUUGCCCUGCACUUGCCGCGCUGCAACAUGUUGGCCGGUUCGACGUGCUUCUUGCGAACUGGCUCAAGAAACAUGCCAAUCAUUGGCUACCUGCAGGCUCAGGCAUUGGCGAUGCCCAUGA